UGACGGAUUUUAUGCGUCUGUUAACGGAGAGAGAGUGGCGUCGUACAAAGACUACCUUCAGUACGGUAUGCCCAGGGUGUACGCGUCUAAUUUCGUGUCGAAGGGUGAUUGUUCCGUAAGAUUCGUUGGUGGCGCAAAGGAAUUCACAAAUUCAGACGAGGCUAUAAUAGCUGAGGUGCUUCAAGGACCACGACAACAAGGCAGGAUCGAACUCAUAUGUCAGGACCGAGAUCGAAGGAAUAAAGGUAACAUUACUAUAUUGGACAUUUCUCUCGAUGACGGAUUGCCUCAAUGGGCACAAAGUCGUCAGUUCCAAACGGACGAGGGUGCCCGCUUUUUCUUUAUCAUAGAGUUGAUUGAGAUAUGGUCCACAUCACCAUACUGGAUACGAUGUGGCGGCAACGUCGAGUCUCUCAGUGGGGACGGGAUCAAUCUGUUUGAGUGGACAUUUCACUAUAACGUAACAGGAUGUCCCGCGGGCUGGUACGGUGCGUACUGUGAGAAGGACUGUGUUUGCAAGAACGGUGCCCGUUGCCAUGGCUUUAACGGCGCAUGUGAGUGCCGUCCGGGCUGGAGAGGACGAGCCUGUGACAUCUCCUGGCCUGAGGUCGUCAUCAUCGCAUCACCUGGCGAUUCACUCGUGAAGUACAUCGGUACCAAUCUGACUUUGACCUGCCUAACCCCACACAUCCGCGUAGCAAAUGUGACAUGGGCUUAUCAAGCAGAAAAAGGACGUGACGACACAAAGGUCAAUAGGGAGGAAGGGACAGUACGGAACAGUUCCAUCAUCUUUCAGCCGAUCCUAGAGUCAGCUAACGGCAGGUAUAGUUGCAUGGUACAGGACGAAGAUGGUGAACUGUUCAAUGCGACUUUCAUUCUAAACGCCACGGAAUGCCGACCCAACUAUCAUGGGGAAGAUUGCAGCCAUGUCUGUGACUGUGAGUACGGAGGGACGUGUGACAGGUGGGAGAGUUGUCUGUGUCCUCCGGGCCGUCAUGGAGACAGGUGUGAGCACAUAUGCGCACCUGGCACAUUCGGGUGGAACUGUAGCCAUGAACUGCAAUUGUGAAAACAACGCCGCGUGUGAUCCAGUCAAUGACAGCUGCAUUUGCGCUGAAGGACAGUCGGGUGAGUUUUGUCAGAUCGUCUCCAUUCCUGACAAGAAUCAAGUCGCUGUUGUAGUGUACGUGUUGGCGUCCGUUAUCCCGACCAUUGCUAUAAUCGGCUGUAUCGUGACUGGAAUCCUGGUAAAACAACGCCCAAGACCGGACCACCCAGCAGUGGACUUAGAACUGGUGUCCCUCAUGGAAGCCUUCUCAUCAUGGGAAGUAGAGAAAGAGGACAUUCGUUUCGAACACUUGAUCGGUGAGGGAGAGUUCGGCCAUGUCGUGCGGGGGAGACUGCGCGUGCCCGAAGGAUACGAGGUUUUGGUCGCCGCUAAAAGUAUCCGGCCUGACCGCAUGACAGUCUCUGCAGUCCGUGACUUUCGCCGCGAAAUGACCAUCCUCACCAGGAUCUACGAGGACAAAGAUGGACACCCAAAUAUAGUGAAGCUUUAUGGGGUCGUGACUGAGUCUGAGCCUAAGUACAUCCUUGUAGAGUACGCGAGCCAUGAAGAACUGCGGCGGUACCUGUGGAGUCUGCGUGAACAGCGCAAGACCACGGGGAAUGGCAAACUGCUGGAACGGCUAGGUUUUACUUGUGACGUCGCCAAUGGAUUAUCAGAGUUGGCACGUCUGAAGAUCGUGCACAGGGACAUCGCUGCUCGUAACGUCGUCAUCAGCGACAGGAAGGUGGCCAAGAUCGCGGAUUUCGGGCUGUCGCGUGACGUUUACCUGUCGUCGGCGUACAAACGCACCGACCGGGGCGGGAAGGAGGAGCUGUUGCCGCUGAAGUGGAUGGCCCUGGAGUCGUUACGUGACGGGGUGUACACGUGCGAGAGUGACGUGUGGUCGUACGGCGUGCUGCUGUGGGAGAUCGCCAGCUUUGGAGAGGAGCCGCGCUACGCUGGCGGUCCGAUGCACCCGGACGUGUGCACACUGUUGGAGCUGCUGAGGAAAGGAGUCCGUCUGGAGCAGCCGGAGAACUGUCCCAAGUCUGUGUACCGCAUCAUCAGGUCCUGCUGGAUAGUCGACCCAUCGAAGCGGCCGACGCCUGAUGAACUGUUGCAGAAGAUAGACCAAAUGAGGCCUCAAAGACAAGCUGCGAUCCUGGCCGAUAGCAUUCGAUAACAUUUUUUCAGAAAAAAAUUCUCCCUUAUAGAAGUUAAACUUAUCAAUCUACCGGUAUUUUUAAGCCGAUGAACCAUGGGAAUCUAUUGAUCAUUCUUUAUAAAAGCCUAGGCGUAUCUUUUGGAGCAUCUUUUUUCUGCCAUGGACGCCACUUAUAUCACACAGCAUGCAAAGACAAGCAAUGACUCUGGUCUAACAGCCUACAAUUGAUCUGCCCUUCUGCUGCCGCGGCUGC